CAGGCUGUGUUUGUAGCCCUUUGAACGUGUUAAACGUGCAAGAAAGAGUCAAGGAAAAUUGUUGUCCUUUAGGAUUAGUGGUAGCAUUUUCUGAUUUAGUUGCUAUUUUCCUGUUUAUGGACCAUGUUCUCCAUUUAUUUCAUUUUUUAGUUGUUUUGUUCAUGUAUUUAAGUGACUUUGAUAAAUGAAAUCUGUGGACAUUUUUUCAGUUUAUUGCAUGUGUAUUGCACUUGUUUUUGUUUAAAAAAAGUCUACAAAUGGUAUCAAAGCCCAUUUCUUAAGGGAUCUGUAAUCUGAGAGUGAGCGAGUUGAAUGGUUCAAAUUAAACACUUUUUCUUCCCAACUCUUAUUUCACGUGCAAAGUUAUAAUGAGCUCAAACAACUUUUCUCCUAUUCCACCUCCUGUGUUCACUGGUGAAAACUGCCGAUCGUGGGCUGUCAAAAUGACAACAUAUUUGCAAGCAUGGGAUCUUUGGAAAGCAGUGGGAGAAGAGCUAGUUGUUCCACAACUGGUAGAUGAUCCCACAAUGUAGGAAAUUAGGAAUCAGAAGGAGAAAAGGUCUAGGCUUUUUAAGGCCAAGACAUGCCUAUAUUCAGUAGUAUCAGAAACAUUGUUUACCCGAAUUAUGAACCUGGAAACAACUUUCCAAAUUUGGAAGUAUCUCAAGGAUGAGUUUCAGAGCAAUGCAAUAACAAAGAGCAUGAGGGUCCUGAAUCUAAGGAGAGACUUUGAAUUGCAGAGGAUGAAGGACUCCGAGACUGCAAAGGAGUACGCAGAUAGAUUGCUGGAAAUUGUCAACAAACGCAGACUUAUUGGUGAAGAUAUGCCAGACAGUGGGGUGGUCGAAAAACUGUUGGUGACUUUUCCAAAAAGUUUUGAAGCUAAGAUCUCUGCAUUAGAGGAAAUUAAAAACCUCACAGAGAUCACAUUGGCUGAGCUUCUUAAUGCAUAAGAAGCUCAUGAGCAAAUAAAGAAUAUUAGAGAGGAAGUCACUCUUCUACAGAAUCAAAAUGUUUCACCAGUACCAGGUGGUGGGAAGAGCUUUGCCCACAGAAAGUGAUGAGCAUCCCAGGAUCUACAGAAUGAAGCUCUGGGCUACCACUGAAGUUCGUGGCAAAUCCAAGUUUUGGUAUUUCUUGAGGAAGCUGAAGAAAGUUAAGAAGAGCAACGGGCAAAUGUUAGCAAUUAAUGAGAUCUUUGAGAUGAAUCCUACCAAAGUUAAGAACUAUGGUAUCUGGUUGCGAUAUCAAAGCAGAACUGGGUAUCACAAUACGUACAAGCAAUACCGAGACACCACUCUUAACGGUGCGGUAGAACAAAUGUACACUGAGAUGGCUUCUCGUCACAGAGUGAGGCAUCCAUGCAUUCAGAUCAUCAAGACAGUCACCAUACCUGCCAAGCUCUGCAAGAGGGAAAGCACCAAGCAGUUCCACAAACUCCAAAAUCAAGUUCCCUCUGGUUUUCAAGAAAAUUAGGCCAUCUGCAAGGAAGCACAAGACUACAUAAAAGGCAACAAGGCCCAACUUGU